UUUCCGACGUGUUCUUCGUAUCGAGUUUUCCCGGUGUUUAUAUUCUUGGCGCGAGAUGUAGUUCUGUUUUUUUUUGUCCCUAAAUUAGCUAAAAAGGUGCGAUUUUCCUAUAUUUAGGAGAAAACCAUUGAGUUUUCCUUCCAGUCAUGAAAAUGUCAGCCAGCCAGUCCAGGGACAACAAAAUAGUCCCCAAAGGGGCGAAAUUAGCCAUCGAUCAAAUAAACCCCAGUUACACGGUGCGGGUCGUGUGUUGUGUCUUUUUCGUUUUCCUUACGGAGAUUUUUUUGGCCCAUUAUGUAUAUAGGCUAAUAAUCUCGGAAAUCCGCGAGAACUACCUGAGCAAACCGGAUUUCCGUCAUAACUUCCAAACGGAAAUGCGUACCGAGAUGUUCCGUGAGGAAGUUCUCAGGAUCAUCACGUAUUUAGAGGUGAACAGGGGGCCUAAGUUGGAAAUUACUCCACCACCGACCUUAGCAGAAAGAAGUAAACGCAGUGUAGGAAGACACAGCGAUUAUAAUUUUCUUAGAGGGUCGAAAAAUGAGGAUCCUCACCAUACCAAAGUCCCAUUGAUGGAUGAGAACGACGAGGAGGCAAGAAGGAGGAAAACGAGCGUGGACGAUCAAGGGAUUUGGGUUACCAGUUCCAGCAGGAUACAAGAAACGCAGUUGGCAAGCUUUUGCAAAAAAAUCAAAGACUUCUGCCCCCAAAUACCGGGACCUAAGGGAGACAGGGGCGAUCCAGGACUACCCGGCAUCCAGGGUCCGGUGGGUUUUCCAGGUUCGAAAGGUGACCAGGGUCCCGUGGGACCACCCGGUAAAACCGGCCUACCGGGAUUCCCCGGACCCAAAGGCGAUCCAGGACUGGCCGCCAAUCCUGGAAUGCCCGGCUUUCCCGGACCAAAGGGUGAACAAGGACGUCCCGGUCUGGAUGGUAGAAUCGGUAUUCCCGGGACGCCUGGAUUGGACGGGAUGCCCGGGAGGAACGGGUAUGACGGGAUGCCCGGCAAAGAUGGGAUACCCGGAAGGGAUGGAAAGGACGGCAUCAAUGGUCAAAAAGGAGAACGCGGAUUCCCUGGUCCCCAAGGCCCGCCAGGACAAAGAGGCAUUGCCGGUCCUAGAGGGAAAGCGGGACGUCCAGGUACUAACGGAACUCCUGGAUUACCAGGAAUAUCCGCGUAUAAGUUCGGCGGGCCGAAUGCCAGUGAGUUGCUUAUUCCUCCCAUGAUCACUGGGUCUCAGAAGGGCCUCUCGGGACCCAUUAGCGUCGACGAGGGGCAAAUGGUGCGUCUGUACUGUUCGGCAACAGGCAACCCCUCGCCCAAGAUAACUUGGCAAAGGCUGGAUGGGAAGCCCAUAAACCGAGGAGCAUGGCAAGAUUCUCACGUAACCGGUUCGACCCUAAACAUCACCACGGUCAACAGGGAGGACAUGGGAAAGUACCUUUGUACCGCCGAUAACGGAAUUCCUCCAGCCGCCAAUCAUACUUUUGAUUUAGAAGUGGCUUUUCCACCAUUAAUAAAAAUUGCCAACUCUGUAGUGGAGGUGGCCAAUGGGUCUACUGCUGUCCUGGAGUGUGAUAUUGAGGCUUUUCCUGAACCGAUCAGAUACUGGGAACGCUCCGACGGUAGAUUAUUAGAAACCGGUGACAAAUUCCGCAUAGACAACUCGAAGGUGCGACACCGAUACAAAUCCCGCAUGCAACUGAACAUUUCCAGGGUAACAUACGACGACAUGCAGUAUCUUUAUCGUUGCAUCAGUAAAAACGAGAAAGACAUAACCAGUGGAGAAAUAAAACUGCAGGAAAUGGAUCCUACCAGGUUCUACCUUAGCCGCCAAUACUUCCCAUCUGUAUCGGGAAUUUUACCUCCGAUCAAGGAGGUUUAUGAGAACUUAUGUCCGGUACCUCCACCAUGUCCUGGAUGUGAUAACGUCAAGUGUAGUCCAGGUGGUGUCAGUCUGAUCGAUCUGAUUACCAGAUGGGAGAUUCGUCCUUACGGGGAUAUCAAGUAUCAAACAGUGAAUUUGACCAGAACCACAGAUUGUUUGCUCUACGCAGUUGGUAAACCGGUCUACAACCGCUUCUCGGAUUUCCACUUUGGUUGCUGGAUGGCAGACGCGCAUCCAGACUCCAAACCCGGUUACAUUUGGGUUACCAACGAGACCAGCUCCAACGAACUGAUCGAAUAUCGAAAUAAAACCGUUUAUAGGAAGAACAUACCGUCAAUGGUGUAUCGUCUGGACCACCCGUUCAGCGGCAACUCCCACGUGGUCUACAACGGGUUCUUCUUCUACAACGUCAAAGGGACAAAACGGAUUUUCAAGUACAGUUUAGCAGAUAAAAGCACCAUUUCGUUGGAUCUACCCGGGGAUAUGAAUAGAACGUCCAAACUAUAUUCCGGGCAGCAUAAUUACGUCGAUUUUUGUGUGGACGAGAAUGGAUUAUGGUUGAUUUUCGCUGUGGAAGAUUCGAAUAAUACUGCUGUGAUGAAGGUUGAUAUUGACAAAAUGUCCCCCCAAUACACGUGGAACAUCAGCAUAGAACAUCAAAAAGUGGGUGAAAUGUUCAUCGUGUGCGGAGUAUUGUAUGCGGUCGACAGUGUGACUGAAAGAAACACGAAGAUCCGGUUCGCUUUCGAUUUAUACAAGAACGUUCUGCUGGACGUCAAUUUACAGUUUUCCAACCCGUUUAGAAAAACCACCAUGUUGAGCUACAACCAUAAAACGAAAGAAUUAUACUCGUGGGAUCGAGGAAACCAGUUGACUUAUCCAGUACGUUCGCACGAUAUCGGUUACAACUAUAAUCAGACUUCUAAGGACGAUUUGUCCGAUCCGUUGCCUACCGCUGCUAAACUGACCGGGUUUGAGGUGAUAAAUGCCACGAAAACCUAGUAAAUGAUAUAAUUAUUAUAUUAAAAGAAAAUGUAUAAUGUAUAAUAAUAACCUAUAAUAAAAUAUAUUGUAUAUAAGUUAGCUAUGGAACUUGAAUGAAUGGUGGCAUGUGGAUUUAUUGGAAUUAUGUGCAUAAUUUAAAUGAGUAUGAUAUUCGUCUUAAUAUAUUUUCUUUUCUGUGCUCAUGCCACCCAAAUUGCAAUAUAACUCCCCUAAGGUAUAAGAAAAUGUAAUAUUUUUAAUUCACUUAUUUAUUGUAAUAUAAUAUUGUAACGUUUCUAAUGAAGAAUAAAGUGUUUAUCUUAAAA